AAUGGAUUCAUUACCUAUUCGACGAUUACGAGAAAAUCCCUCCUACCAACCCAGUUCUUCAAUCCCGAUCGAAUCAACCUAAUGGCAACGAUCAGUUCCUCAUCUAAAAUACUCAUCGUUGGCUCCGGAGUCUUCGGCAUCUCGACUGCAUUAUGGUUAGCACGUUCCGGAUACGGGGACGUCACUGUCCUAGAUAUGCAAGAUACCGCCAACACGGCUUACGACCCAUCAUGCGGCGUAGACUCAGCUUCGGCCGACCUUAAUAAGAUCAUCCGUUUCAGCUACGGCUCAGAAAUUGAGUAUCAGAGGCUUGCCACCGAGGCCUCUAAGAUGUGGGACGAGUGGAACCGCGAAAUCGAGGAGGCAUCGAUCAACGAGUUACCAGAACGCUUAAGGUAUGGUGAUAGAAAGCUUUGGUGGAACGCAGGGAUGCUACGCAUGAGCUGCGAAUCGGAUCUGGGUGAUUUUGAGAUUGCAACGCUAGAGAAUAUGGAACGCGAGGGGAUUAGGGAGUUCCAGUUUAUAGCCGACGAUGAUAUAGAUAUUUCUCGGGCAAGGGAACGAGGCUGGGCACACAAGCUUGACCCUUGCCGUCGCCAGGAGAGGUUCGGGACCCACAAAGCAGUCCUCGAUUCCACCGCCGGCUUCGUUUACGCGCAUAAAAGCUGUGCUUGGGCUCAGCAUCUCGCCAAGAGGGCUGGCGUUGAGAUGAUACUCGACCCGCGGCGUGGCAAGGUUAUCGAUAUUACAACCACGAAUAAUCAACCUGUGGUGCAUACCGCCGACGGCCUCCAACAUACCGCUAAUAUAGUCGUAGUUGCCGGUGGUGGAUGGACCCCAUCAUUGAUUCCAGAAGUCCAGGGCUUGUUGGAAACCACAGCCGGCUCAGUAGCCAACGUUACGAUUCCAAAGGAUCGUCCUGACCUGUGGAAACGGUUCGCUCCUGAAAUUCAGCCUGUGAUAACUUGGGGUUCGCGGCAGGGUAAAGAAGUGUAUAGUCUUCCCAGGGACGAAAACGGUACUUUCAAGAUUGGUUGGCGGAAAACAAAGUGGACGAAUUUUGAAGAUGUUCGCGAACAGCGUAUAUCAGUGCCCAGAACCGCCCAUGUAACCGAUCAUAAGGAAACGCGAAUUCCGAUUGAUGCCCUAAAUGGCAUCAAAGAGUACAUAUCCGUCAACUUCCCGGAAUUAGUACCGCUAGGCAUUACGUCCACUAGACUCUGCUGGUAUACUGAUAGCAUUGACAACUCGUUCGUUGUCGACUUUGUCCCUGGACGCCCCGGAGUAGCGGUCUGUUCUGGCGGUAGUGGCCACGGCUUUAAAUUCCUGCCCAUCCUUGGACGCGAAGUCGUCAAGAUCCUCGAAGGCAAGGGGUCGCAGACUGUCUACGGUCGCAUGUGGCGGUGGAGAAGCAGUAGCGAUCACACGAGGAACGGCUUAGAGGAAGGUGAAGAAGGCUGGAGAGUUCUAUCAAGGCAGACGAUGGCCUCCGAGGCGGAUUGGUCAUUCAAAGACCAAUGAUUUAUAAUGUAUCUAGGUAGUUAUAUCAUCUUCCGAUUGCUCCCCCUCCCUCCCCUGCGUCCCGAUAUUCUUUUCUAGAGGCCACGUCGUAUAUCAGGUAGCCAUAUUGGAAAUGAUGACGAGAGGUCAGGUUAGACCAUCUCCGUUUAUGCUCCUUACAAGGGGAGGAGAGAGAAAACGGUAGCGACAGCGACGACGACGACGACAAUAAUAACAUCUCUUAUCCCAGU